AUGGACCGAAAUAUAAGGUACCAGGUGUUACAAGAGGAAAGAUACGACGAUGAAAAUGCUGAAGCAAUUCCAUCAUCUGCAACCAACUGUAGCCGCCAUGGAGCAGACCUUGCACGUCCUCUUUCAUCUUUCCUUCAAACAACUGACGCUCCACCUUCACCUGUGGUCGGUCGUUCAGAUCCUGUCCUCCCUGAUGACUCAAUCCUACCACCUGCCUAUGAGGAAGUUAGCAGAGAAGCCCAACCGCAAACUGAAUACCUUCAACAACAACAAGGACCCACAGGUCUUAAAGCGAGUCAGAUGUCUCUUGGUGAUCAUUGCUCUGCUGGUCUACCCCCAUCAUACGCAGUGGCAACUGACCUGCCGUCCUACGAGGAAGCUGAACGACUCAAGCGUGAAGAAGAAGAAGAUGGUGACCACGAUGGUCCGCUAGGGAGUGGAGGUGGUUGUCGUGCUCACCCAUCUUUACACCAUCAUCACCACCAUCACCAUUUGAGGUCCCUGCCCGAUGAAGAUCACAUUCACAUGGAUGAAGGCCCUGACCAAAUGUCUUCAAGCACGGAUCGACUCAAUGGAUCAGGGAUGCCUGUCGGUACUGACUGGAUCUUUUUCUGCACCUUCGUUAUGUCGUUUCUUUUUAAUUGGCUCGGUUUUCUUAUGUCCCUGUGUAUUACCAAUACAGUCGCGGGUCGAUGUGGUGCUUUGGCUGGAUUAGGCCUUUCCAUGGUCAAGUGGGUUGCUAUUGUCAAACACAGCGGAUUUGCUGGCGAUUUGGCUGCUGGCGAGUCCUGGUUUUGGUGGAUUCUUAUGCUGUGUGGCUUCCUGCUUUUCAUUCGUGGUUGCAUGCAAUACGUCAAUGUUAAAUACGAAUGGAAAAGGAUUACAGGCCGCCUACAUCAUUUCUAUCUCUUCUAA